UAACCCGCAAAACUAAUAAUAAAUAAAUCAAAAUAAGCUCUGAGAGUAUUUGACGCAGAACCCGCCAGGAGAAGCUGAGGAAGAUGAAGACCUCCACACUGCCGGAAAGACCAGGUGGAGAAAGACCUGGCUAUACUUGAAAUCUCCAAUCGGCGCCAAAAAGUUUACAGAAAAUGCAGUCAAAGUCGGUCUCGGUAUCGUACAGUUGUUUUAGUGAGAUUUCGAAUGGAACGGGCAAUUAAAUUUGUAUGGCUCUCUAUGUACACUUCUCUGGACUACUUACUUUAUUGUUUAUCAUUAUAUUAUAUACAAGAAUAACAAUAAUUAUCAGUUAGCCGCGUGCCUUGGUAAUCAUUCAUAAUUAUUUUAUUUACAUUGUGGUUUUUUUGAACCGAAUUCUAAAAGCACUUAAGAACUCAGAGUGAGAUAACUAUGUAUACUAUAUGCCAAAUUUUCGUGAGUAUGCUCAGUUAAUUUUUGCAUUCUCUAAUUCAGCCCUCUUUUUGCUAGCUUGUUGAAUUGGCUAUAAAUCUCGUAUGCCGAUUCGUAGAACAUUCAGUCUAACACAACUUACUAACCGUACAGAACGGUCCUACAAAAGUCAAUACAACGCAAAAACUCAUAGAAAUGGAACGUUGGCAGAAUCGAGUUGCUGUAGUCACUGGCGCCAGUUCGGGCAUUGGCGCGGCUAUUGUGAAAUAUCUCGCUAAUAACGGUAUGGUGACUGUCGGUUUGGCGCGACGCAAAGAACGUAUCGAAGCCCUGCGCGACGAAGUGCAAAACGAGGCAAAACAACGCAUACAUGCGAUUAAAUGCGAUAUACGGGAUGAAGCUGAUGUGAUAGCCGCCUUCAAAGAGAUCGAAAGCAAGUAUGGACCGGUGGCGGUGCUGGUUAACAAUGCCGGCAUUGUGCGUUAUGGCGAUAUGUUGAAAGAAGGCAACUCACAAGAUAUACGCGAUGUGAUCGAUACAAAUGUGUUUGGUGUUGUGUGGAGCACUCGUGAGGCUUUCCGUUCGAUGAAGGCUCAGGGUGCUGAUGGUCAUGUCUUUCUCAUCAAUAGUGUUGCAGGGCAUAUGAUACCGAAUAUACCGAAUACCUCUUUAAAUAUUUAUCCACCUUCAAAACAUGCGGUCACCGCCAUGACAGAGAUCUACCGCCAGGAGCUUCUUAAUAAUAACACUAAAAUUAAGAUUACCAGCAUUAGUCCCGGCGCAGUGAAAACCGAGAUUAUGGGCGAGGAUCCACCUGAAAUGCCAGAUUUGGUAUUUUUGGCCUCCGAAGAUGUCGCUGAUGCAUUGAUCUAUUGUCUACAGACGCCACCGCACGUGCAGAUUCACGAAUUAACCAUAAAACCAGUCGGUGAAAAAUUCUAAGAUUGCCGGUAUUUAAACAGCAAUACACUUAUUAUACUUAUAUUUGUUAAAAACGAAAAUAUUAAAUAAUAAAACGAAGCUAAAGUUCAUUGGAAA